GUCACUUCAUGGGCAACAACACAGUGAUUGAUGUUUUGAGGAGAGAAGGGUAUGAGGUAGAACACACUCCAGCUGGACAAGCCAUCAACAACAGAAAACCCCGCAAAACCUUGUUAGCAAUUUCAUCGUCAUCACCAGCACACAGGCCCUAUGUCACAUCCCAGGAGCUCCCACUGCUGUUGCACCCCCAGAAGGAGGAGGAGGGGGAAGAGCUCCUGCCACACCUGCUGCUCCCUGAUGGCAUCGAUGUGCUGGAGAAGGUAGACAGGAAGUACAAAAAGAAGAAGAAGAAGCACCAGAAGAAACAAAGACUUCGACAGUUCAACGACCUCUGGGUUCGCCUUGAAGAAAGGUAG